GCAAGUCGGCAACUCAUUGUUUACGUUGUGGCCCUCACGCACGCACGCACACACACUCCCUCACUCCCUCCCAUAUAUUUCCCUGUGGCGCCGCUGUGGAAGGUCAGGAGUUUAUGAGAACGAACGUGGAUAGCGAGACUGACCAGAGUGGCGGCACGGAGGGUCUGAAGGCCAUGGACACCUCAGAGUGGCUGGAGGAGACGGGGAAGAUGCACAUCCACCGUGCCGACAUGAACAAGCUCAUCAUGAACUACCUCAUCAUGGAGGGCUUCAAGGAGGCAGCCGAGAAAUUUUCCGUGGAGGCGAACAUCAAGCCGCCGAUGGACCUGGACCAGCUGGACGAGCGGAUCCGCAUCAGGACGGCCAUACAGAACGGACAGUUUCAGGAGGCGAUGCGGAUGGUGACGGCGCUGCACCCUGAGAUCCUCGACGAUAACUCUCAGCUAUACUUCCACCUUCAGCAACAGGUCCUGAUAGAGCUGAUCCGCGAGGGCCGUGUGGAGGAGGCCGUGGUGUAUGCACAGGACCACCUAGCGGAGAGGGGCCAGCGGGACCCUUCCAUCCUCAAUGAACUGGAGAGGACCUUGGCACUGCUUGCCUUUGACCAGCCCGAGGCGUCCCCUUUUGGUGACCUCCUACACCCCUCACACCGCCAAAAGGUCGCCAGUGAGCUCAACGCAGCCAUUUUACGAGCACAGAACCAGGAGGAAACGACACCCCUUCUGGCGGAGCUGCUCAAACUGCUGCUGUGGGCCCAGGACGAGCUCAACAAGAAGAAGGUGCAGUAUCCAGUCAUGACGGACCUCAUCAAGGGGCAGAUCGAGGAGCCCAAGUGAAUGUAGGUGUGGUUAGCUAAUGUGAUCUGAGUGUGUGAGUCAAUAGUUAAUGAGUCAGCAUAGAAAGGACGAACGUGACGUGUGUGAGUGUGUUUGGGUUGUCAUGGUAAGAGCCUGGUCAUAU